GACUUAUUAACUUUCAUGCCGUCGCAGUAUAGAUACUCUUUUUUAGUUAAUGGUCGAAUUUUGUACUUCAAUCAUAUUUUUGGGCUGUCUUUUGGUCCAUGAGGAAUCCCUUUCUCUAAUUUAUUGCUAGACAUUAAUUGUGUUUAUUAAUAUGGACUAGUUUUUUCCACCAAUUGAUGUAGAUUGUGGGAUGGCUGAUUCUGCAUAACUAAUUCAGCAUUAUGAACUAGUCUUUUGUCUUCCAGCAUUAUAUGCAGUUUGAAAUGAAAGAUGCAUACCACGGUUCUCAUUUUCUUGCAAUUUUUUUGUAAUAGUAUUAACUGCACAGAUAUGCGUUAUUGAAAACAAGAAAAAGAUAAAUAGAAAAUCUAGUCCUCCUUCCUUUCCACCUAAUCAGAGAGGUGUAGAGAGAGACUCAAGAAAUAGAGGAAUAUGUAGGGACUUGGAAUUCAUAUCAAUAGAGAGGCCCAAACCCAAAGCACAUAGAGAAAUAGCGGGAACUGAAAAGGAAGCAACAAAGAUGAAAGCAAUAGAGAGAAAUUGAAAAUCAUUGGCAGAGAAUAAAUUAUAAAACACUGGAACAGAUACUGAAGAACCAAGGGGUUACAUGAGAAAACUAUCAUUCAUCGGAGAUGGUGGAGGUUAUUAGUUAGUGUCAUUUAUUUCUCAUUAAGAAUUUCUACAUCUUACACUAUGAAUGCAAUAGAUGAUUCUUUUAGGAAUUAGGAACGAAAUCGAUAUUGAUGAUAACUGGAUGGCUGGAGAUGAUAACUCGAGAAGCUCAAUUCAAAUUCUGUUUAUCAUACAAUGUUUGCAGCUAGCAGACUUUCAUUGAAAAAGGUCAUCUUCAUUAGCAUAUUGUCUUGCUGAAGAUAUAUUGGAUGGCCAUAACACCUUUAGGUAGUACUUCUGCAUCACAAUGGGGAGUUCGUCCUCAGCUAUUGCUCAGGUCCAGUUUGACAGGCAAGGGUGCAUCAUCUAGCCACAAUGUUACAACCAGGGUGAGCUUCAUGGCUGCCCCAAGUUCUAGUUUUUUGUCUCCAGAUUCCUUGCAUAUACUAUUUAACGCUGGUCUCUAUCAAUCUUUGAAAUGUCGGAAGGGGUCACGGUUGAUUGUAAGAGCAAAUACAGAUUAUUAUUCUGUCCUUGGGGUUUCAAGAAAUGCUAGUAAAUCUGAAAUUAAGAGUGCUUAUCGGAAGCUUGCCCGCACUUACCAUCCUGAUGUAAACAAAGAACCUGGAGCGGAAACUAAAUUUAAGGAGAUCAGCAAUGCUUAUGAGGUCUUAUCAGAUGAUGAGAAACGAUCCAUUUAUGACAGAUAUGGAGAGGAUGGGCUUAAGGGUUCUGGAUUGGGCACAGGGGAUUUCAGCAAUCCUUUCGAUCUAUUUGAUUUGUUUGAAAAGAUGAAUCGUGGUGCAAGUCCUAGAGGUUCUUGGAAUGGAGCAAUUGCAGGCGAAGAUGAAUAUUACAGUCUUGUUUUGAACUUUAAAGAAGCAGUUUUUGGCAUAGAGAAAGAGAUAGAGAUAAGCCGAUUAGAGAGCUGUGGAACUUGCAAUGGUUCUGGUGCUAAACCUGGGACUACACCAUCCAAAUGUGGCACUUGUGGAGGUCAAGGCCAAGUCAUCUCAUCAACAAGGACUCCAUUAGGUAUCUUCCGGCAGACCAUGACGUGCUCGUCAUGCAAUGGGAUGGGGGAAAUUUCAACACCUUGCAGUACAUGUUCUGGGGAUGGUCGAGUGAGGAAAUCAAAGCGGAUAAGCCUGAAAGUCCCAGCUGGUGUGGAUUCGGGUAGCCGUUUAAGGGUUAGAAACGAAGGAAACGCCGGAAGGCGAGGGGGUCCUCCUGGCGACCUCUUUGUUGUUAUUGAAGUUAUCCCAGAUCCUGUCCUCAAAAGAGACGACAUCAACAUCUUGUACACCUGCAAGGUUUCUUACAUUGAUGCAAUCUUGGGGACUACAAUUAAGGUUCCUACAGUAGAUGGAAUGGUGGAUUUGAAAAUUCCAUCAGGGACCCAACCCAACACUACACUUGUUAUGGCUAAGAAAGGUGUUCCCCUGCUGAAUAAAAACAACAUGAGAGGAGAUCAAUUUGUUCGUGUACAAGUUGAAAUUCCUAAGAGACUGAGCAGUGAUGAGAGAAAGCUUAUAGAGGAACUUGCUGAUUUAAGCAAAGACAAGACUACCAGCAGUACCAGAUAACAUAUGGUGGGAACCUCUGUUUUUAUUUAUCGAUGUAAAUUAUGCUCCUUUCAUGGAUGCAUCAUUCUUCAUUACACUCUUAAACUCUGGGAGGGACUUCAAUGUGUUGGUAGAUGCAAUUGGUUUAUUUGUCCUUGGAAUAAAAGGUGGUACCAAGAGCCGAAGAAAUAAAAGAUAUUUUUUCAUUGCAACUUAUACGCUUCUUGUAAUUUAUUUUUGGGGAGGGUUGCUAUUCACUAAAAGGGCAUUAUUAUUGGUGACCCUUAAAUUUUUGUAAAAUCUGAAAAGACCUUUACUAUUUUUGUUGUC